AUGGAAAAGGAAGAAAUGUAUAGGCCGACAAUAGGUAAAGAAAUACUCUACACAUUAUCUAAUGACAAUGGAAACAGAUUAAUUACUUUUGCUAUGUCAAAGGGAUUAAGAGUCAGUAGUACACUUUUUCUACAUAAAGACAUCCACAAGGAGAGGUACGUCUCAUCGGGAUGAAGUAUAAAAAAUCAAAUUAAUCAUGUCAUAACAGACUUGACAGUUCCCAAUAUAAUAAAAGAUGUUAGGAGCUAUCGUGGAGUAACUAAUGUCCGAUCAAUAGAUCACAUUUUUACUAUAAAACAGCUAGUUGACAAGCAUUGUCAAAAAAGACUUGCAUAUGCUGUUUAUAGAUUAUAAACAAUCAUACAUACAGUGAACAGAGAAGAAUUUCGGAAUGCGCUUAUAAUUUUUUGAUCACCAUCUAAAACGUUAAGAAUGAUCAAAUUAUGUAAAAAUAAAAUAAGAUGAAAGUUAAAUUCAAUCAACAUUUGUCAAAUUAAUUUGAAGACAAAUUCGGACUUAGACAGGGAAAUGUCAUGUCACCGGUACUCUUUCAUAUAGCACUAGAAGUGAUCAUUAAGAAAACAGACCAAAUAUGGUGAAAUAAAAUUGGACGACAGUGGAAGACAGUACGGAAUUCGAGCAUACGCUGAUGAUAUUAUCAUUCUUGGGUCAGAUAGCUCAAAAGUAAAAAUAUGGUACCGAAGAUCUAAUAAAAAGUAGUAAAGACAUUGGACUACAAAUAAAUGUAUUGAAAUAUAAAUAUAUAAUAGUAUCUAGAUGAGAUCAUCAUAAAGACUAUCUAAAAGUUAAAAAUUAUAAAUUUUAAAGAGUAACAAUUAAUAGCACAAAUAAUAACUAUGAAGAAACUAAAAUAAGGACAACUGUAGAAAAUAAGUGCUAUUACAGUUUAGCGAAUAUCUUUAAAUCAAAACAAGUGUCACCCAAUUCAAGAAUCACAUAAUACAAGGUAUUGUUAGACCAGUUAUUCUAUACGGGUGCGAGACGUGGCCAACAACCUUAUGAAGGAAAAAUAGCAACCUUUAAAAGAAGAAUAUACGCACCAAAAAAGAAUAAUAUAACUCAGCGUCGAGAUAAAAAGUAUUAGGGAAUUGUGACAACUAUACGGAGAGCUGGGCAUAGAAGCGGUGCUGCACUAUGGAAGAGUCGCAUGGUCUGCCCAAGUGUAGCGAACUGUUAGUCUGAUGAGAGCAGUUCUAAAGUGGAAACCCUAAGGAAAAAGACCACUGGGUAGACCGAGACAAAGAAGGAUGGGCAAAAUUGAGGAGAGCCUAAGGGAAAUCGAAAUUCAGGAUAGAGAAACAUUGGCACAGGAUAGAGAUAGGUGGAAGAAGAUAUGUGUUGCGGUAAUGGCCUUUGAAAAGUUGAAAAAGAAGAUGGAAUUAUGUAGUUAUGAAUUUUGGUUGUGUUUUUAGGGUUGUCCGAUUUUUUUUUUAUUGAAUUUUUAAAUUUUGAGCAAAGCGAGGAAUGCAUUGGUUUAAAAUUAUGUUUAUUUUUUAUUAUUUUUUAAGAAUGAUAGUGAAAUCAGAAUUGAGUGAACUGACUUAAAUUUUAGCUUUUUGAAGUUCUGAUAAUAUAUGUAUUACAAUAAAUUACUUAAAAAUGAAAAUCCUUUAGUAUGUCUGUCAUAGAAUCGUAAUCUAAUGGUGGUACUUACCUGUUGUCAACAAAAGAGGUCGUGAAUUCAAACCCGAAUUUCGAAAAUAUUUUUUUUGCAAACCACGUCGGGUGCAAAAUGCAACAUAAUAUUUUAUGUUUACUAUGUAAUUCGUUGUAUUCAAUAUAUAUUAAUUUUAUUUAUAAUAUGAUAUAUUAUAUUAUAUUGUGCAAAAAGCAAUAUCAUUAACCGAGCUUCGAUAAGAAUCGUUUUUCGUUUGCAAUGUUUAAUCGUUGUGUACAGGUAUACCUUAAAUUUCCCCUAAACCUUCCCCACUUCUCACCUACAACAUUGGUCCACCCAUUGUGCAAAGUAAGUCCGUCUUUUUUCAUUUGUAUCCGAUAGUAUCGAUUUCAACCCAAUUGACUAUCGAACAUGACGAAUAAAUAUCGUGAAUGUAUAAACUGCUUCUUCAAAAUACAUCUGUUAAUUGCAACAAUCGAUUAUUUCAACACAAUAUACUAUAGAGUCUAACGAAUAACUAUUGUACAAGUCUAGUUUAACUACUACUUUUCACCAGCUACCACGUCAUCGCAAUAUAGUUAAAGAGCCUCUAAAAGCUGACUAAAAAACCUUGUGAGCUUGAUUUUAUUCUCUGAUUUAGUAUCAGAAUUUAUAAGCUAAAUUUCGAAAUUUCUAAGUACUCUACUGCUUGUAAAAUUUGCAUAUUUCUUUUACACAAUCAAUAAAAGAGAGUAAGAAACACAUACGUUUUAUGUUUAGACAAAUUUAGAUUUCUAAUAAUUUUACUUUGCAUAUAAAUGCAUACUUCGAGUUUUUACAUUUUUUUUUAGUAUUUAUUCUUUAGUAUUUAUCGAUUUGAUUUACCUUAUUCUGUAGAUGAAUUAGUACUGGUAGACGCUGCGGGUGGGUCAUCUGAAACAAAAAUUAUAAAAACAUAAAUUAUAUUAUAAAUUAUAAAAUAUUUCAAAGUAGAUUACCCAAAAUAUGUUUUACCUUUAGUCGAACAGUUAGUUACAAUAUUAUAUUGAUUCACGUCAGUAGAGAAAUAAUCCUUUAUUGUCGUUUAUAAAACAAAAAAUACUACAUUAAGUUCAAUUUUUUUUUCCUGACAGUACGACUUUUAUGAACUUUUCGUUAAGUUUUCAAGCAUAUCUGUUUAGUGUAACAAUUUUACAUACAGAAUACCUACCGAAUAAAAAUAAGUAAUAAACUCGCAAAAUUAAAAUGUCUAUAAAUAGCUCAAAAUGGUUCAAUGCUGUGGAUCAGAAGUUGGAAAGGUAGGAUAAAUAGGGGAAUUUAAUGUAUAUCUGUUCACAACGAUUAAUCUUUGCUAACGAAAAACGAUUCUUAAUGGAGUUUGGUUGUACAUAUUUUAAAAGGCCGUUUUAUCUUUGAUUUUCAAAUAUUACAUUUCGUACAUUUUCCCGUUUUUCUAAGUUUUGUUCUGGUUUUUCCCAUUUAUUAUGAUAACUACAAAAAUAAUCAAAAAUCAACUUUCUUACUCAGUAAUAAGAUUACAAUUGUAGCAAAAAAAUUAUCUUUUUGUUUUUUUCAUACAAUUAACCGUCACUAUAUAUACCAGUACUUUUAAUAGUUGUCUACCAGCAAAUUUUUUCUGAUUUACAAUGAUAGCACUUUUUCUAAAAAAAAAUCUGAAUAGAAAGAUACUUUACGGAGUUCAUUUUUCGAGUUUUCCAAGAGUUUUCCCAGCAAAUGUGAAAACCGGGAAAAAACAUGGGGAAACCGGGAAUAACGUAGGAAAAACGGGAAAAUCGAUAGAAUAUUAAACAAAUAUUAAUAAAAAAAAUAUAUAAUAAUAAUUAUUUAAUUAUUUUAUCAUAAUAUGACAUAAAUAUUGUUGACAAAGUAACACUAUCAACUGGAUUCCACUCAGAAUCAUUUUUUGUUAGCAAUGUUAGCAAUAUAUAUAGAUAUAUGGUGGUAAUUAAAUUCGACGAAGUAGUACAGCGAUUCGUGUGCGUUCACAUGUUAGUACCUUAAUACCUAUUUAUUUAAUCAAUAUGACCGCACAGUGAACAUAUUCGAUCUAAUGCCUAAAAUAUAAUCAACUUCAAAAAGUAAAAUUUCGAAUUGGAUUGCUCCUUAAAUUAAAAAUAGAGUAUUUUCAUCAGAUGGAAAGGUUAUAUAUUGUCUAGUGUGUAACAAAUCUGUGUCUACUGAAAAAAAAAUAUCUAUUAGAUUAUCAUUCCAAAACAAGUAAGCUUUGUAUUUUAUGCUCAUAUUACACAUAAUACUACAUAUUCUUUUUAAAAAUAUAUAUAUGUUUUUUUUAAUUCAACAGAAAUGCAUCACAAAGGAAUAAAGAAAAAACCAGCUUUUGAUUACUUCUCUUAAAUUCGAUUAGUAAAAAUUUAUUUUUUGAAAAUUUAUGUAAUGCAUUUGUUGCUGCAAAUAUUCCUUUGCAUAAGCUGGACAAUCACGUGUUAAAAUCAUUGUUGGAAAAACAUCCUGGUAAAUCAAUUCCAGACGAAAGCACUUAAGAAAAAAUCACGUACCAAAUAUUUAUAAAAGCCUUAUAGACCAAAUAAUUAAUGAUAUUUAAAAUAAUUACGUUUAUAUAAUUGUUGACAAAACAACCGAUCCAAGAGGUUUCUAUAAAUAAUUUUUUUAAUUUCUCAUAUAAUAAAAUAUACUAUUUUCUUUAGGUUUGGCUAUUGAAAAUUUAUUAAUUAAUAAAUUAAACGGGACGCCUAGUAAAUCAUAUUUAGUUGGAUGCAAAGAACUAGAAUCUACCAAUUAUGAAACUAUUUGUCAGUUUAUUAAUUUCUCGUUAAAAAUAUUUCCUGGUAUUAAACAAAAAGUAUUACUUUCUAUUAGUGAUGCUGGUACUGAUCAAAGCACCACAAACAUUAAAAAUAUUUUUUUUUUUAUUAAAAUGUUAAUUCAUAUGAGAUGUAUGGCGCACGUAGUUAAUAGAGUUCUAGAGAAAAUUCGAGAAUUGUAUCCCGAUAUUAAUAAAUUGAUUACAAUGGUAACAUAUUAAGUACCUGUUUAAAAUUUAAAUACAUAUGUAACUUAUUUCGUUUAUUUUAGAAAAAAAAAGCUUCCCGAAAAGAAAUGUCGGGUAUACCUUUAUCACCCGAACCUGAUAUGAUAAGAUGGAGAACAUGGUUAAAUGCUGCACUUUUCUAUGCAAAUAAUUUUGAAGAGUUUAAAAACGUUAUUGAAAGUUUAACAGAUGAUACUAUAAGUGUCAAAAAGCUGAAACAGAUUAUACAAAAUAAUGCAGUCAAAUGUGGUUUAGCAUUCAUAAAAUCACACUUAUCCGAGUUAUCCAUGAAUCUUAAAAAUGUGGAAGAAUCGAAUAGUGAACUACUGAAAAGCAUGGAUAUUUUUAGAAAAAUUGACGAUAUUUUAACAAAUAUUCCUGGUCCAAAUAGGAAAAAAAUUAAUGAAAAAUGUAUGUAUGAAAUUGAAAAAAAUGAAGGUUAUACAACUUUAAAGUCUUACUAUGAAGUCAUAUGA